AGAGACGUCUGUCAGCAUUACAGACAAAAAGCCCAGACAUAUGUAGACAUUUCAUUGGGAGGUUUUAACCACAAAACCUCCAUAAAAUUGGGGAAGAUAGACCCAGCUGUAACAAACAGGACUGAGCACUUCUUUGCCAUGUGAUUGCCCAACAACCUCAAGAAUACUCCCAUAUAAAAAAUGUGAAGCCUGGUGGAAAUGAGCAUUUAAAACAUGGAGUUGUUGUGGAUGUGGAUACCCGUUUUGGGCUCUCUGUUGUUUGUGGAAAUCUCGUGGACUCUACCCAUUGAUGAGGACCAGCCGUUGAAGCGUGAGGACAUGGAGCUGGCUGAGGGCUACCUGAAGAAGUUCUAUGGUCUGAACGUCAGAGCUCAAGCAAGAAGGAUCAGGUCUGCACCAGCAGUGAAGGAGAAAAUCAAAGAAAUGCAAAACUUCUUUGGUCUGAGAGAAACAGGUAACCUGGACUCUCUCACCCUGGAUGUGAUGAAGGAGCCGAGGUGUGGUGUUCCAGACGUGGACAACUUCAGCUUUUACCCCAAUAAACCUAAAUGGAAAAAGCACACCAUCACAUACACAACUUCCAAAUAUACUCCAGACAUGAAGAGAGAGGAUGUGGAAAAGUCCUUUCGUUUUGCUCUGAAGAUGUGGAGCGAUGCAGUUCCACUGAAGUUCAUCAAAGUCAACCAUGGCAAAGCUGAUAUAGUCUUCUCCUUCGCACGCGGAACUCAUGGAGACUUCUUUCCCUUUGAUGGACCUCGGGGUGUUUUGGCUCAUGCCUUUCAACCAGGAGAGGGGUUGGGUGGAGAUGUGCAUUUUGAUGAGGAUGAAACGUGGACUGCAGGGAGGCAAGGUUACAGCCUGUUUGCUGUUGCAGCUCAUGAGCUCGGUCACUCAUUAGGUUUAACUCAUUCUAGAGACCCCUCUGCUAUCAUGUACCCCAACUACAGACAUCAAAGUCGCACACAGUACUCUCUAUCUGCAGAUGAUGUGCUGGGGAUCCAAACACUCUAUGGCAAACCUGGCAAAAAAGUGGAAUCCCAAUCCUCUCUAAAAAAAUGUGACCCCAACUUUUCUUUUGAUGCAGCAACAAUGUUUGACAAUGAGAUUAUUUUCUUUAAAAACAGGUACAUGUGGAUGAGAACAACAAGGACGACUUAUUGGAAUCGCCUGACAGAGGGCCACAGCAGCACAUAUUUACCCAGCAUCAGUUCUCACGUUGAUGCUGCUUAUGACAUCCCAGCCAAAGGCGUGGUGUACAUAUUCACUGGUCAUAAGUACUGGGUGGUUCAACAGCUUAAGAUGAAAAGUCGUGCUGGUUCCAUCCACGAGUAUGGCUUCUCCUCCAGAGUCAGGCAGGUCGAUGCUGCUGUGCACGUCAGUGAAUAUAUGAAGACUAUGUUCUUCAUCGGAGAGUUCUAUUACAGGUAUGAUGAGCAGAAGAGACAGAUGGAUCCUGGCUUCCCCAGACUUAUCCAAACUGACUGGCCUGGAAUCCCAAGAAGAGUCGAUGCUGCAUUUAAGUUAAAUGGUAGCAUCUUCCUCCUCAGUGGGACAAAAUCCUACCAGUAUGACUUCAGACUGAAGCGGGUGGUGAAAGUGAUUUCAGGAAAUUCUUGGCUGGGAUGUUGAGUUGAGUGUGCAUCUUUUGUUUUUUUAAUAAUUAAAGCAAACCCUGAGAAGGUUGUUUGUGUAGUUGUUAAACUGAGAUAACUUUUAAGUGUUAAAGUUCAGAUUUUGGGACGUAUGUGUAACUGUAUGCAAAUUGUAUCUCUCAUGUCCCUUCGGAACACAAUGUUACUUAGACCACUAAUGUGCAUGGAUAUACUGUACUACUAAUGUGAAAGUCUAAUGCAAAGUGUAUAAUUUUUAAAAAAAUAUUGUCAACUUCAUUAUACUUUUGUACUCCCGUGCUUUAAGUUUUAGCGUACUAAUUUAAUUGUAUGUUUAACUGUAUGUUAACCUGGGGUGACAGAGCUUUCUCUGUCACUGCCGCCACCCUCUGGAACUCCAUACCACCAAACAUCCGUAACUGCCCGAACCUGUCCACCUUCAAAUCACUCACCAAAACUCACCUCUACAAAAAUGCUUUUAAUAUAUGAUUGCUUUUAAAUGCACUCAAUGCUUUUUGCGGUUGUUUUUACUUUUUGUUGUUUUUAUUCACUGUGCAGUGUCUUUGAGUGUUCGGAAAAGCGCUUUCUAAAUAAAAUGUAUUAUUAUUAUUAUUA